CUCUCCGCCAUUCUUCCUUCUAUCUCCCUUUUUCAGUCGGUGGGUCCUCCAAAAUGCCACCAGGCGUUCUAUGGGUCUCCUCGCGCAUCGCCAAUCCAUCCUCCCCCAGCACAACACUAACGCCCUCUAAAUUCUGCGACUGGUACGAAAACACGCACAUACUUGAAGUGACCUCGCUCCCCGGUGUACCCCGCGCGGCACGGUACGAAGCCAUCUUUCCGCAACCGGAUCCGGAGGCUUGGUCGGCGAAUGCGCCCUGGUUGACGCUGUAUGAGAUGCCGGAUGUGUGGUAUCGGUUGACGGACGAGUUUAGGGGGUUGGAUGGGCAGAGUAGACCGAGCGAGGAGCUGUUGAGGGACGUAUUUGAGCAGGCGAGGUUUGAUACUAGGUUUUAUGAGGAGGUGGCGAAGGAGGUGGCUGAGGGGAGCCAGAGAGAGCCAGCGAAAUUCCUCCUCUCAUGGGCGUCACAACCUGCCUCCUCCACUUCGACCACCGACUUCGAUGCCUGGUAUGAAAAAUCCGUCAUCCCGGCGCUUCUCAAGCUACCCACCUUCCGUCGCAUCAGGAGAUGUAAAGUCGUCAAUGCGACUACGCUAGACCAGUUUGUGAGGAAAGAAGAGCCGGUGCCGCAGUACCUUGGGCUGUGUGAGUUCGAUGGCGAGGAGACGCCGGUGAGUGAUGUUACGGAAAUUAUGCGGAAUGAGAAGGUGGCAGAUGGAGCGAUGCAGGAGGCCGGGUGGUUUAGAUUAAAGAGGGUGUAUGGCGGAGAGAGCCAGGCGUGA